CCACAUACUGUCCGUGUUCCAGUCCCCCACUAUUUAUACUUCCAAGUUCCAACCCCAACAGUUGUCUCUCUCUUCCUCCCAUCUCCGCUAACCUUCCUAAAAUAAUGGACGGAAGACGGAAAACCUUUUCCUUCUGUCUCUGUCUCUUACUCUUCGUUUUCCUUUCCUCUUCCCUCUCAUUUUCCGCUCCUCUUCAAUAUCAGACUCUCGUCCUCACCCCCCUCCCCACACCUCAAACCCUCUCAUGGCCCUCCCAACAGGAAUCUGAACUUGGACCCCUAUCUGAAAACACUUUCUCGCUUAACUUGCACCAUGUAGACUCUCUUUCUCCUGCUUUCAACUCAACUCCUGAAUCCCUCUUCAAACUCCGUCUGCAUCGUGACGGCGUCAGGGUGAAAGCGCUGUCCACCCUCGCCGCUGCCACUCAAACCAAUGUGUCUGCCAGGGCCCGAGGUGCUCCUGGUUUCAGCAGCUCGGUGACUUCUGGACUCGCCCAAGGGAGUGGGGAGUACUUCACCCGCCUGGGCGUAGGCACACCAGCUAAGUAUGUGUACAUGGUGCUCGACACAGGAAGUGAUGUCGUGUGGGUCCAAUGCUCCCCCUGCCGGAGAUGCUACACCCAGUCCGAUCCGGUUUUCGACCCGAGGAAAUCGACAUCCUUCCUGGGAGUCUCCUGUGGUUCUCCCCUCUGCCGCCGGCUGGAUUCUCCCGGUUGCAACAACAGGAAGAAAUGCCUUUACCAAGUUUCCUAUGGAGAUGGCUCGUUCACCGUCGGAGAAUUUUCAACGGAAACGCUGACUUUCCGGGGGACGAGAGUGAAGAAUAUUGCCCUCGGCUGUGGUCAUGAUAAUGAGGGUUUGUUCGUCGGCGCCGCUGGUUUACUAGGCCUGGGCCGGGGGAAAUUGUCUUUUCCGACUCAAGCCGGACGCCGCUUCGGGAGAAAAUUCUCCUACUGUGUGGUGGACCGAUCCGCUUCCUCUAAACCGUCGUCCAUUCUGUUCGGCGAAGCGGCGGUGUCCCGGAGAGCCGUUUUUACCCCGCUGUUAACGAAUCCUAAGCUCGACACGUUUUACUACGUGGGCUUAAACGGUAUUUCAGUCGGUGGUGUCCGGGUGCCCGGCAUUACUGCGUCGCUUUUCAAGCUUGACGCUGCUGGUAACGGAGGGGUGAUUGUUGAUUCGGGCACCUCCGUCACCCGGCUGACUCGACCCGCAUACGUUGCGCUGAGGAACGCUUUUCGGGUGGGGGCAUCAAACUUGAAGCCAGCUCCUGAUUUCUCACUGUUCGACACGUGUUUCGAUCUGUCUGGGAAGACGGAGGUGAAGGUGCCGACGGUGGUGCUGCAUUUCGCAGGGGCUGACGUGUCGUUGCCGGCGUCGAAUUACUUGAUUCCGGUGGAUAGUGAUGGGAAAUUUUGCUUCGCAUUUGCGGGUACGAUGAGCGGGUUGUCUAUAAUUGGGAACAUUCAGCAGCAGGGUUUCCGGGUUGUAUUCGAUUUGGCGAGCAACCGGGUGGGGUUCGCUCCAAGAGGUUGCGCCUAGACAAAUUAAGGAUUAUGCUUUACUGUUUUUGCUUAAUUGCUACUCAUAUUAUUUUCAUUGCCCCAAAAUCAAGUAGGAGGAAUUAUUAUUAUUAUUAUUAUUAUUAUUGUUGUUGUUGUUAUUAUGAAGAAAAUGAAAAGAAGGGGUAGUCACGCAAUUCACGUUGCUGCCUGUUGAAUUAUGUGAUAUCCUAUUAAUUAAUUAAUUAAUGUUGUAAAGAAGUGAAA